GCUGUCAUCGCAGGCAGAGCCCAAACAAACAAUCAGCCGUAGCGGUUGGAUGGGCUGGUAACCAUUGCUUUUUGUAAUCUUCCUUCCACCAUGAGGGGAUACAGUGGCUUGGCUGCACGUCAGCAGCUCUGAAGACUCUCCGGUGCAGAUCUUCCUUUAACGCUCCUGGACCGAACUCCGCCAAACUAGAAGCAGCUCUGGAAUGUGCCAAGAACUCCUGAAGCCACUGGACAGCUUGGUUUUGCAAAUUGAGACACACAACCCGCCAAAAGCGCCAGGUGAGGUCGUCGGUGAAUUUAUAACCAGGAAAGAGAAGAAAAAAAAAUGACCGGAGCCAUGAGCAGCAAUGUCGCACCAACAAAUUUUACCCCAAACUCAUCCAUGUGUGUUACUAUUGAGGACAGCGCCAUCAGUGACCUGCUGAUGUCCGUGUACAUCCUGGCUUUUAUUUUUGGGCUGACCUUCAAUGUGCUGACCCUUGGCCCCAUUUGCCAACAAGUUCGGCGGCAAAAUGUCCUGGGAAUCUUCCUGCUCAACCUGUCCAUCUCCGACAUGCUCUUCCUCUUCACCAUGCCCCUUUGGAUCAAUUACUACCGACACAACCACCAGUGGAAGCUCGGUGCUGUGUCCUGCAGCGUGGCGGGCUUCUUCUACUACACCAACAUGUACAUCAGCAUCUACCUGCUGUGCUGCAUCUCCGUGGACCGCUGCCUGGUGGUCACCUACCCGCUCCGCUUUAAGACCCACAGGACGUCCCGGUACGCCUGGGCGCAGUGUGCCUCGGUGUAUGCUGUGGUGAUAGCGCUGCACAUCGGGGUGCUGUAUUACGACAACCUCACCGACGCCCACGACGAGGUCAACGACAACGACCGCUGCUAUGAGACGUACCCCAUGAAGCACCCCGUGCCCUUGUUCAACCUGCUCAGGGUGGGCGUCUGCUUCCUGCUUCCCCUCCUGGUGCUGACGAUGAGCUACUGGCGAGUGCUGGCCACUGUGGGCCAGAGUCCCGGCCUGACCGCCCAGGCAAAGAAGAAGGUCCGCCUGCUGUCCUUUGGGGUGAUCGGGAUCUUCUCCAUCUGCUUCGCUCCGUAUCACAUCUUCCUGCUCGUCCGCUCGCUAGUCUUCUACAACAGCGGCGAUGUUGUAAGUCCUCAAGGAAGUUACUGCCAGUUUGAACAGAAUAUGCACUUUUCCUUCUCCUGCACUCUGGCUCUGUCCAGUCUGAACUGCGUGGUGGACCCGGUGCUGUAUGUGUUGGUCAGCAACGGGGUCCAGGAGGAGGUCAAGCUGUGUUGUAGGAGGCAAAGAAAGACACAGACUUCGAACUCCGCUUCAAAUAAAUAUAUCAGAGGACAGGCGAAUGCAAACUUAAUUUGAGACUGAAGCUAUGUGCGUGGAUAUGUGCACUUAUGCAUUUGUAGUCCCACGUGUGUGUGUGUGUGUGUGUGUGUGU